GUCAGGAAAACCAUCACUGACCCGAAGUCCUGGCGCAGAGCCGCGGAGGAACCAACUUCAGCCCGUGGCCAGGUCUGCGUCCGAGGGUACCUGAGAUGGGUCUCUGUGCCAGGAGCGCGAGGCAGGUGCUUCCAGAAGCCCAGCCCACCGAGGAGAAGACGGUGGUGCCGCCUGGCGUGUCCCGGGUGAACGGCUGGUCGAAGCCCCUCCACAAGUUCCAGGUUGUGUGCUGGGUCGUGUUCUUUGCACUGACCUUCACCAACUUCGGGAUAUUCAUUCCGCUACUGCCACCUUACUGGAGAUACACUGCCUAUGGGGUCACCGGUAGCAUCUUUCUCUUCCACCUCGUGGUCCACAUCGUCGCAGUUUCCAUCAAUCCGGCCGAGAAAAGCGUGCGUCAGAAGAACUAUUUGGAGCCUAUGCCUGUGUUUGACAGGUCCAAACACGCUCAUGUCAUCCAGGACCUGUAUUGCCUUCUGUGUGAGAUCAACGUAGAUUCCAAGACCAAGCAUUGCAGUGCCUGUAACAAGUGUGUUUCGGGCUUCGACCACCACUGCAAAUGGCUCAACAACUGCGUGGGGAGAAAGAACUACCGGUACUUCUUCAGCUCGGUGGUGUCAGCUUUGGCCGGGCUGCUCUGCAUGUUUGCCAUCUUGAGCUAUCUGUUCGUCCAGUUCCUGGUCGAUCCCAUGCAGCUGCGCACGGACCCCCACUUUGCAGGGCUCUCCAGGGACACGUGGCUCCUCUUCCUCCCCUUCCUCCCGGUGAGGGCCAAGGCCCCCGUGCUCCUGCUCAUCGGCCUGCUGGUGCUGGUGCUGGUCAUCGUCGGCCUCGUGCUCCUGGGGCACCUGUUCUUUUUCCAUCUCUACCUGAUGAUGAAGAAGCUGAGUACGUAUGAAUACAUUACCCAGAGCCGCCAGCAGCUCCAAUCGAAUGCUUCACCUGGGAGAAGAGUCUCAGACCCACAGAAACGACCGUCACGGGACGCUGGCCGCCGGCGCUCUUCUGUGCAAAGCAGAGAGAAGCCCGCGGGGUUGCUGUCGCCUUCCCAGGAGUCGGGCUCCCUCAGCGGCGUGGCGCCAGAGGCCGUGGCUGUGCCGAAGGGACCAGUUGUCAUCCUGAUGCCACCUCUGCAGAGCCUCACGUCCACGGACCUCACAUCGCCCGCUCCGUCGCUGGACCUCACACUGUCCGCUCCGUGCCCGGACGGGGCGUCCACCGUCACCCUCCUCCCGGGGAGCAUCUCGUCCGCUCCGUGCCCGGACGGGGCGUCCACCGUCACCCUCCUCCCGGGGAGCAUCUUGUCCGCUCCGUGCCCGGACGGGGCGUCCACCGUCACCCUCCUCCCGGGGAGCAUCUCGUCCGCUCCGUGCCCGGACGGGGCGUCCACCGUCACCCUCCUCCCGGGGAGCAUCUCGUCCGCUCCGUGCCCGGACGGGGCGUCCACCGUCACCCUCCUCCCGGGGAGCAUCGCGUCCGCUCCGUGCCCGGACGGGGCGUCCACCGUCACCCUCCUCCCGGGGAGCAUCUCGUCCGCUCCGUGCCCGGACGGGGCGUCCACCGUCACCCUCCUCCCGGGGAGCAUCUCGUCCGCUCCGUGCCUGGACGGGGCGUCCACCGUCACCCUCCUCCCGGAGAGCAUCGCGUCCGCUCCGUGCCCGGACGGGGCAUCCACCAUCACCCUCCUCCCGGAGAGCAUCGCGUCCGCUCCGUGCCUGGACAGGGCAUCCACCAUCACCCUCCUCCCGGAGAGCAUCUUGUCACUGCAGGAAUUAGCUUCCAGCCAGAAGCCACGGUUCCUGGGCAGCGUGAGGCGCAGGGAGUUCCUGCUGCCGGCCAUCCGCGAGAGCCUGAGCUCCCUGAGUACCAUCACCUCGGAGGGCUCCGCGUCACUGAAGAGGAGCCUGGCGUCCAGCCUGGAGUCGUGCCGUCGGUGGCGCCACACUCGAGCUGCCCAGAAUCCACUCAUCGCCGUCCUUGGCUGGGGACGCAGACUCGUUACCAUUCUGUGCGUGACCGGCUUUUUCAAUGACUCGGAUGAAGGCGAUCUGGUGCAGAUAAUAAGGCAGCCUGAGAUAGAAGACGUUGACAACACCGAAGGCUCGGUUUCAGGAGCCCAGGGGCCCGCGCUGGCCCAGCCACCCGACCGGGGGCUCUUCGCCGCCAUCCCGCCGGUGGAGGAUCCCCUAGAAUCCCUCCCGCUCCAGGGCGCGCUGCAGGUUGGAGGCCAGGACGUGUGGUCCGUGAGGACCCAGCGUGUGCGCCCAGCUCCCACGGACUCCUGGAUGCUGGAGUCCACGGUCCUCACCAUCCCCGGGCAGGUGGAGCUCGACCCGGCCGAGGAGCUGCCCCGCCGGCUCCAGCGCGACAGCCUCAGGCCGCAGCCUGCGCACCAGGUGGCUCCGGGGGCCGUGCCGCUGUCCAGCUGGGGGGCCAAGGGCCUGCCCGCCUUCAAGGGCGGGAACAGGGUGAAGGUGACCCCCAUAGCAAGUGUGGGGCACAGCCAGUCUGCUGAAGACAUCCCCCAAUCUGACACCACCGAGGCCACCGUGAUCAUGAUGCCUGAGGGCUCGGAGCUCCCGGAUGGGGCUCCCAAGUCCACUUAGAGCCAGAACCCCGCCCCCCGCCCCGCCAGGACACCCCUCCCGGUGGGGGGUGCCCGCAACUCCGUGGCGGGGAUGCUGGGCAGCUGAGGUCCAGCUGCGCUGCCGCGCUCCUAGUGAAAGCAUCAGCGAGGAGAGGGGCCAGGGUCCUCGGCCGCCUCUAGCCGCCGGGAAAGACUUUCGAGGACCCGCAUGUGACUUGUCUCAGAAGCCGUAUUUUAAAGAAUUUCCCAGUUUUCUGAACACGUCUGUGCUAUUCUGGGAAGAAAAACACAAAUUCGAAAUGGACUGCAGAGAGUGGGUUCACAUCUGUGCAUCUGUUGAUUAUUAAAGCAGACUGUAUGAAUUUAA